AUGAACGCCAGUAAACUCUACCGGAAAGGCAACGAUGAGGCUGAACAAACCAAAUACCACCGUUAUCCACAAAGAGAAUCAUGCCGGCUCCGCCCCCACCGUAACGCGGACGAUCCCACCAACCGGGGUGAUUUCAUGGUCCGAUCCUACAAUAACCCACCUGGCACCAACUACGGAGUCUACUAA